CCCGGGUCCAUCUAUCUGUUUUUCUCAUCGCAAAAACAUGGCUUUCUUCCUUUGCUUUAUCUUCCUUCUUGUUUCAUCUGCUACUGCUUGCGAUCGCUGCGUCCACCAAACUAAGGCUUCUUAUUUCUCUGACGACUCUGCUCUUUCCUCUGGGGCAUGUGGGUAUGGCUCCUUGGCGUUGGAAUUAAGUGGUGGACACCUUGCAGCUGGUGUUCCUUCCUUGUACAAAAAUGGAGCCCGUUGCGGUGCAUGCUUUCAGAUAAGAUGCAAGAGCUCAGGCCUGUGUACCAAAUCAGGUAGCAGAGUUGUAUUGACCGAUCUCAAUGCCCAUAAUGAAACUGAUUUUGUGCUCAGCAGAAGUGCCUUCGUUGCCAUGGCCCAAAAGGGUAGCGAUCAACAACUUUUGAAGCUCGGAAUCUUGGAUGUUGAAUUCAAGAGAGUUCCGUGUGAGUACAAAAAUAAGAAUUUGGCGGUCCGGGUGGAAGAGUCAAGCAAAAAACCAUAUUACUUGGCAAUUAAAUUUUUGUACGAAGGAGGUCAAACAGAGAUAGUAGCCGUUGAUGUUGCUCAGGUUGAAUCUUCAAACUGGAGCUUCAUGAGCAGAAACCAUGGAGCAGUGUGGGACACAAGCAGGGUUCCAGGUGGCGCAUUACAAAUGAGGAUAGUGGUGACAGCAGGGUACGAUGGAAAAUGGAUCUGGGCAAAGAAGGUGUUACCUGCAGAUUGGAAAACUGGACAGGUGUAUGACACUGGUGUUCAGAUAACUGAUAUUGCACAAGAGGGCUGUUCUCCCUGUGAUGAUGCCACCUGGUCUUUGAACCUAUUCACUUCUCAUAUUUGACUCCUACAAUAGCUUUACGCGCCAGACUCAUAAUACACUUCCAAACUUAGCAAGUCUUUUUGUCAUAUCUUCUUUUUUAAUUAAAGGCAUAAGCAUGUUUCUUCAAACUUCGUUGCUGAAAGGGAAAAGGGAAGGACGUCGAUCUUACUAGUCAAUAGUCAUGUGCCAUCCUAAUAGUUGGUGUUCUUGGAUAUUUGUGAUAUAAGAUGAUGUUUAUUAGUUGCAAUCAUGGGCUGUCGAGGAUAGUCUUGUUACAAGGCCGACAAUGAAAUUUUCCAUGAAUCAUGAUCAUGUUCAUGCAAUCACGUAUUAUAGCAUCAUUAAUGAUUAUUUGCCAGAAUUGCUAUCCUUCAA